AUGGACUCCAAAGCCUCGUCACUGUGGAUGCCCAAGGGCAUCGCCAAAUCCAACUCGACCGCCUCUACCAGCGGCCGCUCUACGAAGUCAUACGACUCGGUCAAGGGCAUUGGAGUCUACGCCUUUGGCACUCUGCACCUUGUCCGGCACGAUGACUCGCCUCGUCACUCGUUCGACGGCGAUGAAGACGAUGGCCCGCCGCCGCUGGAGCCCCCAUCCGCAACCACGCAGUACAGUUUGCUACCCCAGACUAAGCAGCCUGCGUCGCCUCGAAAUGCAAUGCUCCAUGCCAUGGGAGGCGGCGAUAUCGUCCUCGUCCUCCACCUGCCCGAGGCUUAUACCAUCGGCUACGACACCAUUUCCUUCUCAGCCAAGCACUUCAUCGGCAUCAGAAGCCUGCCCGCCGGGCCCCACUUCUUCUGGGCUUCCAACUCUGCGGCCACUUCGGUCCGCAGCGGCUUCUGGAUCAUGAGCUCGGGCGUCAACAGAGUCCACGUCGUCCAGUGGCACCGGUACAACGAGGUGUUUGUUCGGCCCACUCGCACUGAGACGCGCAUCCAGGCAGAAAACGUGGACAAGAUCUUCGACCAGCUGCCCCAGUAUCGGGAUCCCACCGCCUUGGGCCGCGCCGGCGGCGAAAUGUCCCCUUUCAAGAUCCAGACCAACAUCAACUUGUGGAGAGAGUUGACGUGCAGCCUCGAUCAGACCAUCCUGGACCGCAUUAUGGCAGAGCAGGAAGAAGGAUGGAAUGUGCACACGUGUGAUCGCGUCAAGGGGUCGCUUAGACUUCCCGGCGACAUGGACCUCGACAGGAGGCUGGCGCAUCCCGUCUUCCAGUCACACGAACUCAAGUUUAGCUUCGAACAGCAAACCAGAACAUACUCCCUCGCCCUGGUAGGGCGUGCCCGUACCCGCGACGCGAGAGACUCAACCUCGCACAUCAUCUCAUGGAUGACUGAUGCCCCAACAAAGCGUCUCAGCGAGGAUGACAUUGUCGGCGAGCUCCAAUUCGCCUACGUCGCGGGCGUGUACAUGGGGAACAACGCCUGCAUCCAACAGUGGUGGUACAUGGUCCUCAGACUCUUCCUUCGGGCCUAUCGCCUCGUCCUUCGUCGGCCCCAACUCGCUGCGGCGCUGCUCCGCACAAUCGCUGGCCAGCUUGCCCACAGCAUCGGAUGGGUCGAUGAGUCGAUUCUGGACUACAGCGAAGCCAACGCCCGCAAAUUGCGCGUCGCUCUCAUCAUCUACAGGCGCCGCAUGAAGGAGCUUAUCCUAGGCACAUCCCGGGAUGCCAACGUUGAUCGAGCCUCCGUCUCCGUCGCCUUUUCGAGGCUCGAAGGCGUUGUCGCGCAGCUGGGCUGGGAUCUCCAAACCGAGUACCUCCGCAAGGGCAAGAUCAGGUUGGAGGAUGGCGAAGACCUGGACGUGGAGUUGAGUGAGCUCGAAGACGAAGACGAGCGUGGCGAGUGGGCACCCGAGAUUAUCGAGCUGGAUGAGUACGGGCGCCAGAUUGGCCUCGUGUCACUGUCGAGCUAG